AUGCCCGUGAGGCACCCUUCAGAUGUGGUGUGCGUGAAAGGGGAAGUUCAGAAGGCAGUGAAUACUGCUCAGGGGCUGUUCCAGAGAUGGACAGAACUCCUACAAGAUCCGUCAACAGCUACAAGAGAAGAAAUUGACUGGACCACUAAUGAGCUAAGGAACAACUUAAGGAGUAUUGAGUGGGAUCUUGAAGAUUUAGAUGAAACAAUUAGCAUUGUUGAAGCAAAUCCUCGGAAAUUCAACCUUGAUGCAACAGAACUGGGUGUGAGAAAAGCCUUCAUCACAAGCACCCGGCAGGUGGUCAGGGAUAUGAAGGAUCAGAUGUCAAAUACUUCUGUCCAAGCACUGGCUGAAAAGAAAAACAGGCAGGUGCUUCUGGGAGAAAGUAGAACUCACAGCUGGAGUUCUGGGGCUGAUAAAUACAGCCGCUUGGAUCGAGAAUUGCAGUCUGCAAAUUCGCACUUCAUUGAAGAGCAGCAAGCACAGCAGCAGUUAAUCAUUGAUCAGCAGGAUGAACAGUUGGAGCUGGUCUCUGGCAGUAUUGGAGUACUAAAGAAUAUGUCCCAGCGCAUUGGAGGGGAGUUGGAUGAACAAGCUGUCAUGUUGGAUGACUUCUCUCAUGAGCUGGACAGCACUCAGUCACGACUAGAUAAUGUUAUGAAGAAACUUGCAAAAGUGUCUCAUAUGACUAGUGAUCGAAGACAGUGGUGUGCAAUUAUCAUCCUCCUUGUUAUCCUUCUGGUGGUGCUUAUUCUAUUUUUUGUGCUGUGAUAGUUUGGGGCUCAGAUUCUUUUCCCAACUCCUUUUGUGCAGACAUUUCAGGACACUGUUGCUGUCCACCAGAGAGAAUUCUCAUUGUGGAAAAUACCUUAUGAGAGUUUGAUACUGUGCUCUGCCCUGGAUGGAUAUCAGUGACAUAACUCUCUGUCCUUAUGGUUCUUCUUCUCAUGAUCCUCAUCAUAUUGCUCAAGGAAGAAAUGGACCAUUCACAUAUACCCAAAUUCCACUAACACUGGAAGUGGUUCCCCUGGAUUGAGACAUUGGACUCUUUUCCAAUGCUCUACUGUGGGACAGGUGGUUUAGGAUGGAAGAAACUGUGUGUGAUCUCAUUUCCAUCCUGUUGCAGGUAUGAGCCACCAGAUGCCUUUUGUCUGCUUAUCAUAACAGGUCUCUUGGCAAUGUUAAACCAGCAUACACAUAUGUAUGCACUCACACACAAGCAGAUCUUGCAGAAACUAUUCCAUUGCCUACAAGAUUCCUUUCACAGGCCUUUUGCACAGCCAUGCCUGCCAAAUAAUCAUGGAUCUUUACAGGAGAAAAAAGGCCAGUUAGAGCAGCCACUGAAUUCACACUGUGAAUAUUUGUUUUCUCCAGAAUAGGAUUGUGCACUUGAAAAUGUCAAAGGUACAUAGUUCAGUGCCCAUUGUUGUAAUGCUAAAUAAUGUUAAAUAGAACAAUAGAAAGUUACACACGGAGAAUGGGAGGAAAACGGCAGGCCUGUAUGUGCUGAAACAAAACUAAAAUCAGUCUCAGUACCCUUGAAACCAGGGGAAAUGGCAAAUAGAGUUGUAACAAGUCUGGGCAUUGGACUGGAAUUCAGUUUUGCUUCAGAGAGGCAGACUGGCCCUAGCAGGCUAGUACAAGACAUAAGCAAAAUCUGUACAAGUCUGUGUUGUCGUACAUCAGACAGCUGUAGUGACUCCACUUUUCAGAGCUGUAAUCUCAUUUUUUACUGCAGUGUAGAAGAGAAACUCAGUAGGCGUACUGUAGUUGCUAAAAUCAUGCGCUUUUUUGGGGGGGGGGAGUGAAAUAUUUGUGGCUUUGAAUAUCAGUUCUGAAAAAAGAAGCUUCAAUUUGGGUCCUGCUAAUUUAAGAAACACUUCUGUCUGGGUAGCUGUCAAGAUUUAACCUUUAAGUGCAGGAGUGGGAGAAAUGGUUUCUGCUCAAUUGAGGGCCUCUUCCUUCUGUCUUGUGUAUAUAUCAUGGGGAGAAUAUAUACUCCCCUGGAUGCACAAGCACACAAGGAAACAAAGUUGCACAGCUCCUUUCGUGUUUUCAAAACUUAAAUGUACGUAGCAAAAUGCUCUCCAAAAGAAUAUGGAAGCAUUCCAGUCCUUUGAUGAUAGAAUAAUUUUGCCAUUAUUUUGCCAUUUUGAUAAUUGGGUGGAAUUAUCGUAGACUAAUAAACAGAUAGGAUCAUGGUUGCUCCUGGAUCCUAUCUCUGGACACUUCCCUACUAAGGCCUAUUAACAGGCAGAGGAAACUCCAUUUCCCUCGGUUCUGUCAUAAGGUGGUUUAUUUGAACUUACAAGAUCAUCACUUCCUUUCAAAAAUGAAUCUGGUAUGAACUUUUGGAAAGUUCUGUCUAGACAUCAUGGUGACAAAAAAGGAAUAUUUUGGAAGGUAAUGUGUGUUCCUUCACUAAUUUCCAAGUGUGGUCAACCAGCCCUGUGCUCUUUGUAGUUCCCUCUUGCUUAUUUUGCUAGGAGUGGAGAUCCUGGAUUCCUGCCAAAGUCCUUUUAGGCAUUAAUAUGUCUCAAUUGGACUCCAUUUCCUUUAAGAAACCCACAUGCUAAAAGUUGUCAAUGCCCAGUACAAUGAUUGGUGUGAAAAGCUCCGUUUCAUUUGCAUCCAGUGAAAUCUACACCAAUGAGAUUCAUAUAUUCUAUCCCCAUUAUUACUUCUGUAAGAUCUUAAUUAUCUGAAGAUUUUUAUCUGAGCAUGUGGAACCUGUGGGUUCUUUUUUUCUGCUCUGAUGUUUAUGUCAGGCUAAUUAGAGGCAUUUAGUUUGUAUGAAGUUUUACUGAUUACAUUUCUAACAUUAUUUCAGUACAGCAAUCCUCAGGUUAAGAACAUCCAACUUAAGGACAACUCGUACUUACAAACGGGCUGCCUGUUACUAAAAAUCGUGGAUGGCAUUCUCCUUCCUCAAGCUGACGAACCACUGAAGCUGCGCAUUUUUAAUAUACAGCCUGUUUUCAGCAGUUCAUGAAACAUUGUGCUGCUUCAGCAGUUCAUCAACUUGAGGAAGGAGAAUACUGUCAGCCAUUUUUAGUAAUAGGCAUCCCAUUCAUAAGUACAAGUUCUGACUUACGUAAAAAUUUGAGUUAAAGGCAAGUUGCCUAUGCUGCAAUUGCUAAACUGACUUUGGGUGGAGAUAUGUGGGUUGAAAACAUGCUUCUUCCAGCAUUGAGUAGGAGAGGCUUCCAAUCUCCCUAUGUAUUCCCAAUAUGAAAGUGCUGAUUUCUUCAUAACGUGGUUGUUGGUCUGCUUGAACAGCUAGAGGCAUUGUAGGUCCAGUUUUCCAUCUCUUUUUUAUACCUGCUGGUUUAGAAGCAUGUAAAAGAGCCCAACAACUGUGUUUUCUUUUUAGAUACAGAUAUCUCUCCCCCAUUCCUCAGGCCACCCUUUGAUCCUAGAAUAAGGAUUCCAGAUUCUUUUCAGGUUUAAUUAGUUUCCAUAUUCUGAUGAAAUAAUCAGAAGUUGAUUGAGACAAAUCUCAGUAGAGUCAUAGCUGCUGCCUCACCUUCUUUGCUCCCAGAAAAGUGAUCAAUAAGAACAACAGAGUAGUACUCCUGAGCAAAGAGUUUAGAUAGGUAGGGGCUAGCCAAAGGAGUCAGUGUUUCCUCUGAAAUAGGUAAAAAGAAUAAGAUAUCUUGAAAGCCAAGUGAAACACUUUGGUGCAAAUUUCUCUAUAAAAAAAGAAAUGGAAAGAGUAUGAUUCCAUGAUACUGGUCAAUGCUAUGUGUGCUUCAGAAGCUUUUGCAAUGUGUAGGAAGAGUGUACUGUAGCUGGACACAAAAAUCCGGACAAUCAUGUGGUGGCAACAAAUAGAAAACUCAGUCUUCAUUGCCAGCUAGUGGUCAUAUGGAUUCUUGCAGGACCGGAAUAGCACAGCUAUUGUCAGGCUUCCCUAGCAGGUUUCCCUGAAGAUAGGAAGUCUGUAAUUUUAUUUAUUUGCCAUAAUUUCCCCUUCACUUGCAUAAUUUUAAUUCCUCACUCCAACUGCAUAUGUCUUGCAGUAAAUCUGUCUGGAAAACAAUGCUUUCAGACAUGAUCUCUUGAAUGUUCUCCGGGCAUUGGGUUUAAAAUCCAAGAGUACUUUCUUAACUAUUACUUAAAGAUGUAUGUUACAGACUCACCUUUAGACAGUAGUAAGAAUUGAACCUAAUUCAAAACUCUUUUAACAUUCUGCAGCAUGUAUCAUCAGAAUAUUUUAAUGUUUUUUUUUUAAAAAUAACUUUUUUGUAAUGCUUAAGCUCUUAAUAUUUUCAAGGGAGUGCUGACACUCCACCUUUCUGCAGUGCUGUGCUUGUGUGAAUUAUGUGGCUUUUGCCUUGAAAUCAUGGUUGUACUUAAUCUCUCUUCUGACCCACCCCCUUACACUUCUCUAAAGAGGGAAAGUAUUGAGCUAACAAAAGUCUCUGUAGCUCUGAAUGUCCUCCUUUGAAUGACUACCUUUUCAGUACUGCUAUAACAAAGGGAAUCUUUGUAUAUCUGGGCAAUUCUGGUGCGGCUGCUAUUCAGAACAAGCCGGGUUUUUGUUGUGAACUGAAUUCCACGAAACAACUAUUUUGAGAUAUGAGGCUGGAAGUGCUGCUUGGGAAACAAAAGAAGUAUCUCCAUCCCAUGCCACUUCUACGGGAGGACAAAGCUUCGUUGCUCCAGGUGCUUCCACGGCUGAGGAUGCAAACUGAUCCAGUCUAAAAGAUGACAGCAUACAUGGAUCCACUCCUAAGAAAAUGAUUGUUUUAAUUUUCUAUGUUUGGAGUUGAACAAUGGAUUCGACAGGAAAAAAAGACAUGUUUUAGAAAGAUACACUCAUUUCCAGAUUGUGUGCCAGGUCAUUUAAAUAUAACUUGCAAUAAGCACUACUAAA